GACAUUAUGUGGUCGGAACGCCGAAACGAUAGACUUUUACAGUUAAGAUUCCCAUGGCGUACAUAGUGUAUAGUUUUGCCAUAUUUUUUAUAGUUGCCUGGGUGUGUCUGUGGUUAAUUCACAUAAUAGCAUUAUCGUAUUCGAAAUGGAAAUUACACAGAACGGCGGACCGUUCACCGCCAGAGCAACCUUAUCCGGGAGUUUCAAUUCUUAAACCGUUAACAGGCGUCGACCCUAAUUUAUUCUCCAACUUGGAAACAUUUUUUACCCUUGACUACCCAAAUUACGAAGUGCUAUUUUGUGUUGAGAAUGAGCACGACCCUGCUGUAAUGCUGGUCAACAACUUAUUGCAUAAAUAUUCACAUAUUGAAGCACAGCUUUUCAUCGGUGGGAUGUGUGUCGGUGUUAAUCCUAAAAUUAACAACAUGCAACCGGCUUAUUUGGCGGCAAAACAUCCACUGAUACUGAUAAGCGACGCCAGCAUUCGUAUGCGAGACGAUACUCUGCUUGAUAUGGUGCAACAUUUGAAAGAUGACGUGGCGAUUGUUCAUCAAAUGCCUUUUACGUGUGAUGCAGAGGGAUUUGCCGGUGUUUACGAAAAGGUACACUUCGGUACUGCUCAGACUCGGAUGUACCUCUUUGCUGACUUUUUGGGAAUAACUUGUCAUGUUGGAAUGUCAUCGCUUAUACGACGAUGCGCUCUGGAGGAGACGGGCGGACUGGCAGCUUUUGGUGAAUAUCUUGCCGAGGAUUAUUUCAUGGCGAAAGAAGUGGUAUCACGUGGAUGGCGGAUGCGUGUGGCAUCCUUACCUGCGUUACAAAAUUCUGGAACGCGAUCGGUGGGUGCGUUACAGGCGAGACUGAUGCGCUGGGCGCGGUUGAGAAUCGCCAUGAUGCCUACUACCACGUUGCUUGAGCUCCUAAGUGAGUGCGUCCCACUUGGCGUGGGUGCUGCGUGGGCUGCUGGGCAGUUGUUCGGCGCAGAACCGUUACCGUUCUUCUUGGUGCAUGUGCUUGUGUGGUUCCUGUCUGACUGGUUGAUGCUCCGUUCAGUCCAGAAUGGAUCACCACCAUUUACCAAAGUGCAGUUCCUUCUUGGUUGGGUGUGGAGCGAGUGUUGUGCGCCAUUCGUUCUCGCGGUUGCUCUUCUAAGCCCUGAGAUCUCGUGGCGGACUCGGUGCUACCGUCUUGAGUGGGGCGGUCGUGCACAUGAGCUCAAACCCAAGUUCAAGGUUUGAGUAAAACCACUCAAUUUACAAAGGCUUUAAUUUGGUGAAUGUGGAUAGUUUUCUUUAUAUUGUUAUGUAUUUAUUGUCUGUAUAUAUGGAUGAGUGUUUAUUAUAUUAGCAUAAGAUUUUAUUUUAAUUGCUGUGUAUAAUUUUUGAAAACAAUGGUUAAUAAGUACAUGUUGUUUAUGUUUUGAAGAGUUUUGUAUGUUUAUAUACUCGUAGUUAAAAAAUGCGCGUUGUAUUCAAUUUUAGAAUAACAUAUUUAUCACCAUAUCACCGUCUGUAAUGCAAUUAAGAAACGGUUUUUGCAAUAGACAUUGGUGAUAUUUAAAGACUGCUUAGUGAUUAUUGUUUUCAUAAUACUCAGUGAUCAUCAUCAGUGAAUUAUCUUUAUCAGUAAUAAAACAUUGAAGUUCUAGGUUGGGCACUUCCAGUGUAAUGAAUCAUUUUGUUCAUUUAUUUCUAGUCAUUCACAAACAUUUGAUUUAGUCUUAUUUUUCUGUAAGGAAACAUGGCAAAAAUAUAAACAUUAUCUAUCUAUACAUAUGGUUACGUGCGGGAUGAGUAAAAAUGGAUGUAUUCUUCUAAAUCGCCAAGCUUCUUCGGUGAGGUGGUAGGUCGAUUACUCGUAGCUUUGCAAGUAGGGAAUUGAGGAUACCAGGCAUACCACGAAAUCACGGUAGAUGUCGAAUAUUCUUGUUUGCUACGUCUUCUCAUAAAUAUUCUUUUCACUAAACUAAAUCUAGAAAAAUGAGAAAAGUUUUGAUGGAUAAAAUUAUAAAACAAAAUGACAAAUUAACUGAUGCAUUUUUAUUAGAUAUUAAAGUUUUAGUCAACUAAACGUCUUCUGACGAUGAUAUUUUAUCUUUUUGUAUUAUGUGAAUUCGUUCAUAACAAAAAUAACAAGUAAAAGUAAUUUAAUAAUUUAAUGGACCUCAAAAUGUAUACGUGAUUCGAUUAACGCUUAAGACGACUGCUAACUCCUUUUAUGAAGUCGUUUAUAAAUCGAAAACCUUGUUAUUUAAACAAGGCAGCGAUUUGUGGCACCUUGAAUUACAUAAAACCAUAGAAGUAUUAGGCUAUUAUUACUUAUUAGGUUUUUUUUAAAGGAUAAGGGUGACAAACGAGCACACAGUCCACCUGAUGGUAAGUGGUUGCUGCGGCCCAUGGACAUCUACAUCUAUCCUCUGUUACAAAUCAAAAUGUUGAUGCGUUGUCACCCGUGAGGACUAAGAUGGAAUGCCUCAUUUCCAGUAAAAAAGGUGUAAUUCCUCUAAGCAUAAAACAUUUAGAUUCUGCCAAAUACAUUUUUUAGUUUUGCACUAGACCUUUGAUUUUUCACAAUUACAUUUUUACAGCCUUGCCCUCCAAAUGUAACUCAUCCAGCUAACUCUCGCAGUGACAGUUCAAUUUGUGGCAAUGAAUCUGUGAAUAUUGUACCUGCUUUUAGAACUGAUUUUCGAGGUAACCAAUCCUUUAAUGAACCAGCUGAAGUCCCAACUUUAAAGUUUAUUUUUAUCUAUUACUAUGCCUAAAAUAUUUUUGGAGACUAAUGGUCCUCGAUCAAAACAGUACCAUUGAUUUUAAAAUUCCCAAAUUUAACUAAACAAGCACAUUUCAUCUUCUCUGCACAUUUCACUUGAUUCUUAUUAGCUUAAUUUUAUUCUUGUAUUGCAGAUUUUUCUUUAAAACACAAGAAACAUAUAACUUUAGACCCAUAGCAUUCAUCUCCUAUUGUAUCACCAGAAAUUACACGUACAGGUUGAUUACAAUUUUAAUGUCAAUGACCGCUAUCGGAUUCAUUGCUAAAUACCUUAAAUAUCAACCGAUCUACUACAUUAUUGUCAGUGUCCACUGAACAUUCUCUCACUUGCACUUGCACGCUAUUAAUUUCCAUUUCAUUUUACGUCGCCAGAUGUUCUUCCCAGACUGCCAACUGCCCUGCAUCAUUCUUAUUUACUGGAUAUUUUGUCACUUGAACGCUUUGUACAUCCUAAUUAAAAGGUUCUUCCACAUCCACCAUUUCUACAUCAUUCCUCUUUGCUGAAUAUUCUGUCUCUUGUGUGCUUUCUAUAUCUUUAGUCAAAGCUUGUUUCACAUCAAUCACUUCUGAUGUAUCAUUCCUCUCUGUUGAACAUUCUAUCUCAUGUUGAAAGAAUGAAUGAGGAAAGAAUGACAAAGCAAAUUUAUGUUGCAGAGGUGAACGGCAGAGUCGGGAAGGGACGCCCUAGGAAAAAGUUUAUCGACCAAAUUGGCUAUAUAUUGAAAAUGGGCCAAAUUAAGAGUACGCUUAACGAACGAGCGUGUAUGCGUAGGUAGGUAUAUGGAUAUGGAGGAAGCGAGAGAGGUGUGUCAGGAUCGUGCCAAAUGGAAGUCCAUAUCUGCCUACCCCUCUGGGUGACAGGCGUGAGUGUUUGUUGUAUGUAUGUAAUAUAAUAAGUGGUAAAGCGUUCACUAAUCUUUUACAUAGUGCGUAAUACCGCGUAGUACUAUUAUUUAUUCUGUGAUACAACGUACACAAACAUAAUAUCGAAUUAUCUUAUUUAUCUAUAUCGUAAAACUGAUAAAACCUCGCCUGAUAGUCAGUGACUCAUUUUCCUGGUAUAAUUGAAGUAACCGUUCUUUGAAACAGUCUAAUGCUCGGUUUCUGAAGUACUUUUAUCGGCAGUUUAUCUAUUCGUUUUAAGAAAGUGCGUUUCCGAACUUCGCAAUGUUUAAACUCCGUUUAAACUUAGGUUAACUUAACUGACCAAUGUGUGCCGUUUAUCGGUUCCACAACUUUAUCACGUUUCAUUUCAAGCAAACUCCAUCAACUUUUAGUUUAUAACGUGAUAUUAUUAAAAUAAAUGACCAGUUAACGAUAUUGUUUAACGAUGCAAAUAAUUUAUUUUUUCUUAUUCAAAGAGUUAAAUACCUUUUUUUUGGCCAAGCCGGCCAGUUCAUCUGCAUUUUGAUUAUAAUUACGCUGCAACGUAGCUCUACAACGUUCUUUGUUAUUUAACAACAAUGCGCUUUUAUUUUUUUAAUGUGCCACUUAUAUAUUUUCUAACACAUCAAAAACUUGUUUUGAUAGAGCCUACAAAUUUUUAUUGUGUCACAAUUGUAACUGAU